GUGGGCCGCGUCUGGUGAGCGAGAGGCAGUAGUAUAACAGGCUGAGUCGCCGGAUCGGUGUGACAGCGAGGAAUUAGUCAACAUUCUGUACCCAGUCUCCUCUCGUCUCCUUCCUCCUUCCCAAGUCUCCUCCUCUCUGAUCCCCUAUAUCUCUCGGGUUGUAUUUCUCGAAUUGAAGUGAGGAACUCUGUAAUUGAUGUUGGAUUGGGUGUGAUUACCUCGGUACAUCACAGUUGGUAUCAGAUUCGGGCGAUCGGCAGCGGGGUGUGGCGAAUCGAGCUCGGUUACGGCUAGGUUGGGCUCUUCCGUGAAAUUCCGAGUCGUGAUCGGGGUUCGCGGCGGCGGUGUGGCGGCCGUUGUCAGAGUCGGCGCCGGUGGCAUUUUCUGGGCGGCGGUGGUUGUUCGGCUUUGGAUUCAGGUACGCCGCGGUUUCCCUCGGUUCCUUAUGAGGGUGUGAAAUUCCGGCGAGCGGCUGGAUUUGCGAGGCAAGGCGGCGAGCGGGUCGGUUGUAGAGGCUCAGGUUGGGGGCGUCCGUAAAACACCUGAGGCUCGCCGACUCCGGCGGCAGUAGACGAGGGCGCUACGGCUCCGACGAAGGCAAGUGUGCAGAUACGGUUAGUGCUCGACUCAAUGGCCACAUUCGAGGCAUCUGUUAUGAAGCAGCUUGAAGCUCUCUCCAAGGCCACUGAACAUCUCGGACACAUUGAUGAGAUAGCAGCUCGCCUAGAUAGGUUGGAUUUGAAGAUGGCUGAGCAAGUGGAACGCCUUGAUGUGGUGCAGGGUAAUGUGAACCUCGCAAUGAUAUCCAUGGGGGAAGCCCGACAAGCAGGCGGCAACAACAAGAGAGAUGCUGAACAAACAGUCAAUGCAGUCAUCGGCAGCCAGCGGUGAUGGAAUCCUGGGAUCACCUCCUCUGAAACAAGCUCAGCAGCAAGUACAAACUCAGGUACAGGGUAAUGCAACCUUUGGCGAGCGGUAUCAGUAUGAUACAGCAAAUGCCGGAUAGUCACACAGCCGGAAACCUUGGAUGCCGAAGAUGGAUUUUCCCAAAUUCGAGGGCUCGGAUGUCAGGAUUUGGUUAGAUGGAUGACAUUCCAGAAGCAUUUAAGGUAACAUAUGCAACCUUACACAUGUUUGGGGAUGCAGCGAACUGGUUUCAUGCAUACAAGUUAAUACAUCAGUGGCCAAGCUGGAGUGAAUUCAGAAUUGCGGUGACUACUGAAUUUGAUAGAAAUGUACACCGGAACAAAAUGAAAGAGUUGCUAUUGCUUAAACAGUCUGCGUCAGUCCUGGAGUAUAAAAGGGAAUUUAAUCAGUUGGUCUAUCAGCUGCUGCUAUAUGAGCAAUCUGUUAGUGAUACCUUUUUGGUCACCAGGUUUCUGUUGGGUUUAAAAGAAGAGCUCAGAGGAGCUGUAGAGAUUCAGUUGCCAAGGAAUGUAGCUGAAGCGGCAGAUUAUGCUAUUGUUCAAGAAGAAGUGAUGAGCAGAACUAAAAGUGUUAAAUCUUCUUAUACAAAGAUGUACAACCAGAAAUCUAAUAACAGAAUCAAUUCAGUGCCCUCGGGUGAUCUAUGGAAAGCUAGGCAGUUGAAAGAAUUUAGGAGAAUCAAUGGGUUGUGUUAUAGCUGCGGAGACAAAUAUAUGCCUGGUCAUGUGUGUGCUAAGUCCCCUACUGCACAGGUGCAUGUCAUGCAGUCGGACAAUUCUGCAAUACUCAGUGAUGAAAUUUUGGAUGCAGUUAUUACUCAGGAGGAAGCUAUGGCAGAAAUGCAGUUGUCUGUCAAUGCUCUAUCGGGUGCUGAUCAUCCCAAAACACUCAGAUUACGAGCUCUCAUCGGAAACCAGGUAGUUAUCAUACUUGUGGAUUCGGGCAGUACCAGUAGCUUCAUUGAUUCUGCAUUACUCCAGAGACUUAAAGUGACAACCACCACCUUAGACACUGCCUUGCCUGUAAGAGUGGCAAAUGGUGAAUUGCUACAAUGUACUGAAGAAGUAGCAGACUUACACUGGUGGGUGCAAGGUCAUACCUUCAAGUAUGAUUUCAAAGCCCUGGCUCUGAGAGGCUAUGAUUUGAUUCUAGGAAUGGAUUGGCUAGAGCAAUGGGGAGAAAUGGUAUGUCAGUGGAAAGAGAAGUGGGUGCAAUUUCAGUUGGAGGGACAUGUGAUCAAGUUACAAGGCCUUACUACUGCCGUUUCAUCUUAAUUGCAAGAAAUGUCAGCAGAGCAAGUGGUCCGGUGGCACCAGGGAAAUGAUAUAUGGGCCACUGUUUUGAUCUCCCCUGUGUCAGAUAAACAUACAAUAGGUGUUCCAGCCGAAGUGCAAGCUCUUUUAACAGAAUUUGAGGAUGUUUUUCAAGAGCCACAAUCUGUGCCACCUAGCAGAGUACAUGAUCAUGCAAUACAUUUACUUCCUGGUACAGUGCCUGUGAAUGUAAGACCAUAUAGAUAUUCUCCAUUACAAAAAGAUGAAAUAGAGAGACAAGUGGCAGAGAUGUUGCAAGUAGGACUCAUUGUGCCCAGCAUCAGCCCAUUUGCUUCUCCUGUUUUGUUGGUUAAAAAGAAGGAUGGAUCAUGGAGAUUUUGUGUGGAUUACAGGAAGCUGAAUUCUAUCACUCUGAAAAAUAAAUUUCCUAUGCCCAUUGUGGAUGAGCUAUUGGAUGAGCUGGGAGGAUCUAAAUGGUUUUCUAAACUGGAUUUAAGGGCAGGUUAUCAUCAAAUUCGAAUGGUGCCUGAAGAUGAACACAAAACUGCCUUUAAAACCCAUUGUGGACACUAUCAGUUCAGAGAGAUGCCCUUUGGAGUGUGUGGUGGCCCCUCCACUUUCCAAUGUGGUAUGAAUUUCAUGUUUGCCCCUCAAAAUAGGAAGUAUGUGAUUAUGUUCAUGGAUGACAUCUUAGUUUUCAGCAAAUCAUUCCUAGAGCAUUUGGAUCAUCUCAGAAACGUACUGCAAGUGUUGAGGGAGCAUCAAUUUUAUGCAAAAUUUAGCAAGUGUACUCGCUCAACAGAAAUUGGAAUAUCUAGGGCACAUUAUCUCAGAUACUGGGGUGUCUACUGAUCCUGAAAAGACUAAGGUCAUGUUGGACUGGCCAGUUCCCACUUCUGUUACUGAAUUGCGAGGAUUUCUUGGACUGACUGGGUACUAUAGGAAAUUCGUGCAGAGCUAUGGAAUUAUUGUCAAACCCUUAACUCAGCUCCUUAAGAAACAUGGCUUUGGGUGGUCUGAAGGUGCACAACAAGCCUUCGACACCCUCAAGCAGGCCAUGGCAACAACACCUGUACUAAGUUUGCCUGAUUUCGACCAACCCUUCAUCAUAGAGACUGAUGCUUGUGCAACUGGGGUGGGGGUUGUGCUUCUUCAACAUGGACAUCCUGUAGCUUAUUACAGCAAGGCACUGGGAGUUAAGAACCAACAUUUGUCCAUCUAUGAGAAGGAGUUUCUGGCCAUUAUGAUGACAGUGGAGAAGUGGAGAUCGUACUUGCAGAGAGGUCCCUUCAUCAUAAAAAUAGAUCAUCAAAGCUUGUGCCAGCUAGGAGAUCAAGUUCUCACCUCUGAUCUGCAAAGGAAGGCCAUGAUGAAAUUAGUGGGACUUCAGUUUUCUUUUCAGUACAAAAAAGGAAAUGAAAAUACAGUGGCAGAUGCCUUAUCUAGAGUGGGGCACUUGUUAGCUGUGACAACUACUUCUCAGAGUCAGCCAGUAUGGAUGAUUGAAGUCACUAAUUCAUAUGCAGUGGAUCCUCAGGCACAAAAAUUAUUGCAACAAUUGGCUGUGUUCACUGAGAAUGCAGAAGGGUUCUCCUUACACCAGGGAAUAAUUAAGCAGGAGGAUAGGAUCUGGAUUGGGGCAAAUUCAGCUUUAAAAACAAAACUGAUCUCUGCCUUUCAUGCUAGUGCUGUGGGAGGUCACUCUGGUAUUCAAGCCACUUAUCAAAGAGUGCAGAAAUUGUUUAGUUGGCCUGGCAUGAAGCAAGAUGUGACUGAAUUUGUGUAACAGUGUGAGAUUUGUCAGAAAGCUAAACAUGAAAACUGUAAGUCUCCAGGGCUGUUGAAUCCCUUGCCAGUGCCAGAUAUACCUUGGCAACACAUCACUAUGGAUUUUAUUGAGGCCUUGCCUAAAUCCAACGGAUAUACAGUCAUCUUGGUUGUGGUAGACAGGUAUACAAAUAUAGCCAUUUCAUUGCUCUCAAACAUCCCUUCUCUACACCCACAGUGGCUAAAGAAUUAUUGGAGUCAGUGGUCUAACUCCAUGGGCCACCCUCUUCUAUUGUGUCAGAUAGAGAUAAGAUAUUUACAAGUCACUUUUGGAAAGAUUUAUUCAAGUUAUGGGACACAAAGUUGACCAUGAGCACAACUUAUCACCCCCAAACGGACGGGCAAAGUGAAAGGGUCAACCAAUGUGUGGAGAUGUACUUGAGGUGUGCUGUCCAUGUCAAUCCUCACAAAUGGCACUCCUGGCUUGCUCUAGCUGAAUUUUGGUACAACACCAAUUACCACUCUUCUCGCUGCUCCCCGUUUAAGGCUCUCUAUGGUUACAACCCCAAUUAUGGGUUCUUUUCAUCAGUGCUUCAGUCGGCUAACGUGGAUGUGGAACAAUGGUUGAGAGAACACCAAUCCCACUCAGCCUUACUCAAAAACCACCUGCUAAAAGCUCAAGCAAAGAUCAAGAUGUAUGCGGAUCAACAUAGAUCUGCACGCUCUUUCUCAGUGGGAGAUGAGGUCUUUUUGAAGUUGCAACCGUAUGCCCAACACUCAGUGGUAAAUAGGCCUUGUGCUAAGUUGGCCUAUAAAUAUUAUGGUCCUUUUCAGGUUCUGGAGUGUAUAGGUCCAGCCGCCUACAAGCUCCAACUUCCUACGGAAGCUCAGAUACAUCCAGUUUUUCAUGUGUCUCAAUUGAAAGAACACAAGUCAGAUCACACUCCAGUGUUUUCUCAGUUGCCUGCAGCAGUCGACUUGUCAGGUGUUCAAGUGGUGCCAGAGAGGAUUCUUGAACGCAAGAUGGUGAAACGCCACAACAAGGUGCAGGUCCAAGUGUUGAUUCAGUGGUCUGGUUUAGCAGCUGAAGCAGCCACCUGGGAAGACUAUGAUGUCUUGAAGAACAGGUUUCCGGACGCACCAGCAUGGGGACAUGCUGCAACUCAAGAGGGAGGCAUUGUCAGUACAGCUACGACAGUACUGACAACGACGACAGACACUGAAGCCACCUACGUGUAAUUCAUGCGGAAGGUUAGUGGGCCUAAAGUAGUGGGCCGCGUCUGGUGAGCGAGAGGCAGUAGUAUAACAGGCCGAGUCGCCGGAUCGGUGUGAUAGCGAGGAAUUAGUCAACAUUCUGUACCCAGUCUCCUAUCGUCUCCUUCCUCCUUCCCAAGUCUCCUCCUCUCUGAUCCCCUAUAUCUCUCGGGUUGUAUCUUUUGAAUUGAAGUGAGGAACUCUGUAAUUGAUGUUGGAUUGGGUGUGAUUACCUCGGUACAUCACAUUCGGUUUUUCAUAGUGGUAUUUUGGUACUUGUGGUUUCCACCAGUGAUAUUGUGGCUAUUCUCUCCUAGAAUUUUAAAUGAUGUGGAGGAGAGAGAAUCAAGAGAGAGGAAGAGGUCGUCGGUAGAAUUCCAAACGAUCUGUAGAGCAGGAAAAUCGGGAGAUACAGACGGCCAUGUACUGUUGAAUCGAAGCCGUCUGCACUUACGAUGGUUUUCUCCUUCCACGAUCGAUCUGGUGAUUAGCCUUUCCACCCAGCGGAAGUUCAGCGGCCAGGAUCAAAUCCCCAAUGUUCCGUCCAGAUCCACCAAAAGAUUUAUCAUUUAUUUAUUUUGUUUCAAUAGACCACCGAAUAAGGUCCCAAUGUAGACGCUGUCCUCAGGGCUGUCUACAGAUGACAUGUCAGGCCAUUGUAGACAGACGUUGUCGAAACUGUUGCAAAUGCCCUUAGGGUUUGGUUGUUCCUACUGCGAUUCCGUCUCUCCAAGUAGAAGGCGACUUUGGUUUCCUCCCUUGGCGCCAACUUUGGUUUCCUCUUCGCGCCAGCUGAUUCAAACACGGAUUCGUAUUUGAGACAGAGCGGGAUCUCCUACCCGACCCCCCGCCCCCCUAAAUUGAAGUAGCGCACACAGAGACAUCGUCGAAUCAUGGGGCUGAUGGCGCUGAAUCGACUCAUGUCCAGGCAGCGGGAGCAGAAGCAGAAGCGAAAUCGUGGCCGUAUGGAAGCCAAUAAUGGAUGGAUCGCUUCAUUUUCUAAAAGAAACAGAUCACCCUGCCGACAGGAUGUUAAUUCUCAUGGUGGCAAAAAAGUAAGAUAUCCAAUGCCAGAUCUUCCAGAGGACAUCUGGCGUCAUAUACAUUUCCUACUGCCAAUGCAAGAUGCUGCCCGUGCUGCCUGUUUGUCUAGGUCCUUCCAAAGCUCCUGGAAAUGCUAUCCCAAUCUUACCUUCACUAAUGAAACAAUGUGCUCCAAAGAAACUUUAUGUAAGAGAACAACAGGCUCAAAUGUUAUAAGAGACUACAACAACAAGAUUGACCGUGUUUUAAGAAACCACUCAGGAGCUGGUGUGAAGAAAUUGAGGCUUGAAUACUAUGUUAUUCCUUGUGAUGCAGAACCGUAUCAUCAUCUCACCAGUUGGCUCCAGAUUGCGGUUACACCAGGGAUUGAACAACUCCACCUUACAUUAUCCCCGAAGGAUGCAACGUUUAACUUUCCAUGCAUGCUUCUAUCUGAGACAUGUCAAGGCUCGAUGCAGUAUCUUCACCUUGCCAAUUUGGACUUACAUCCCACAUUUCAACUUGGUUUGAGAACCCUGAGAACGCUGCAUCUGUGUAAUGUGCAUAUUACUGAGGAUGAGUUAGGGUGCCUUCUGACCCAUUCCUUUGCUUUGGCACAUUUGAGACUUCAAUAUUGUCAUGACAUCAUUCGCCUGGAGAUACCUUGUCUGCUGCAGCGGCUCAGGUUCCUGGAAGUGCUGGAAUGUAGCCUUCAGGUGUUAGAGAUCAAUGCCCCAAAUAUCUUCAGAUUGCGCUUAUUAGAUUUUAGUGUGCAAUUCUUGCUUGGAAAGUCAUGGAAGAUGAAGAACCUGAUGUUGAACAAUAGCUUUGUCAUCAGUUAUGCUAUUGACAACCUUCCUUCCUGUGCACCAAAAGUUGAGACUCUUACCAUACAUUCUAGUUAUGAGAUACUUAAUGUACCAGUGGCAUCUAGCAAAUUUCGCCACCUCAAGUUCUUGAAUAUUUAUCUUGCUGGACUCCAUUCUCAUCGGGACUAUGAUUACUUAUCCUUAGUUUCUUUUUUUGAUGCUUCUCCUUUGUUGGAGAAGUUUGUCUUGCUUGUAUCACGAGUGCAGUCCAAGUAUGACUGGUUUGAGGGAGAUCCCUCAUCUCUGAGACAAAUGUCAGAACUAAAUCUGAGAAUGGUUUCAUACCUAAACUAUACUUGAACCAUACCCGUACAUGUAUCUCUCAAAACCAUACUUGGACCAUACCCGUUUAAUGCCAUUUUCAGCCCAACCAAAACUAAACCCUCUAUUUUUUCCACCCAAAUUAAUUUAAACCCAAUACAUAACCGUGGGUUUAAACCCAAUACGUAACUAUGGGUUUGCUUCAAUGUAUAUAUGAUUGCACAAAUCGACAUGUCAAGAAGCAAAAGGCAUAGAAAAGACAUAAGUGCAUCUACAAUAGUUUGGGAACAAAGUUAUCGUUGAGAUAUGGUCAACACACAACAAGUGUCAAAAAAACAACGCCCACGACUGAAAAGCUCACUGACAAGUGCAUUAAAACCAAUUGCUUAGCUAAAGCACAAGCAGACACAUUCAAUUUGUAUGUGUUGUUUCCCCAUAAUACAUAAUUACAUAGUGCAUUGCAUCAUGUACGCGGAUCAAAGAUACUCGUUGACGAUGCGUCGUUGCUUAUUGCACAUAACCAAUGCCCUAAAACCGGUUUGGACCCAUAGUUUACAGCCGUUAAUAACCAAACUGUUUAAGCCCAUAACCAACUAUACCCAAAUUGGUUUCUUCACAUACCCAAACCAAAACCAAACUAAAAAAGAUUCAGCCCAAUAAAACCUGAACCAAUCAAACCCAAAGUAAGAACCGAACCGUUUCACCCAGUUUUUUAAUAACCAUUCCCAGGUUUAGUCAGAACACCGCCAUCGCAACCUCAAGAGUGUGAAGAUCAGUAGUUUCUGCCCCCAAAAAAGCAUGCUUGAGCUAGCACGUCAUAUUCUUGAGAAUGCAACAUCACUUGAGUGCCUUACAUUGGACACCACUCCUAUCAGUCACCGAUGUUCUGGCGAUAUGUUGGACAGGAAAUGCCCUCCACUGGAAACUGAAUGUAUAAGGGAUGCACAUAAAUCAAACUUGGCUGUGAGAAAAUACAUUGAGGGGAAAGUUAACUCCACAGUCAAGUUAAACUUACCAGGGCCUUGCAGCCGGUGUUAUGCUUUGUGAAAUUCAGAUCUCAAAUCACCUUGUGAAGUUUAGUUGUUAAAUGUUUGCCUUUGAGUUCUUUGUUUGGGCUCCGUGAUACAACUCCUAUAAUAACUUAUUAGCAUACUGUCAAAUUUAUGUAUUAUUUACUUGAUUCACCAGUUAUUGUUGUGGAGUUCAUUUA